ACCUAGCCCUUGGACGCCUUGAGCUAAACGUCAUCCACCAUGUAGACGCAAAUGAACGAUCCUGCGAACGUCGCUCGUUGACUCUAUAUCUUCAUCUCGCACUCUUACGAAGUCCCACCACCAGCUCCAAGUCAUCAAACCAAGAGAUCGCAGCUUGAUAACGUAGUAAUAGUCUAUAUAAAACUUGCCUUACCUCUAUACCUACGUACCCAAUCGCAACUUAACAUCUGGCACAACACAAUGGUCUACAAUCCAGACCUGUUCCGCUCAAAGGAGCGCAUCAACGCCGUCCUCGUAGCCGAUCUCACACCAGCCCAGCUUGACGCUGUCCAAGACAGAUUCGGAAUUGGUGCCAACCUGUGUUCUCCGAAUCCAUCAGAACAGCUCUUCAUUCACGACAAACGCGAAUGGUCGGCUUCUUCCCACGCUGACAUGAAGCGCGCAUAUCCCGACACCCAACCCCUCCUAGUGGUCGACUCACACACCCCUGUGGAUGGAGGCAUCUGGUACAUCGACCGCUUCGCCGAUGCCGACGACGUGGAAAGCGAACAAGCCGAAAACACAAACACGCUCUUCAAGAUCCGGAUGACGACCGAAGACGUCGUAAUCUCAUACGUCAAUUACGGCCACAACACUGAUAUUCGCGAAGACAUGGACGAAGUCGACAUCGACUAUCCCACCCCUGAGAACUUCGAACAAGACACCUUGUUCAAGACGGGCUCAGACUACAUCAAGGAGCGCUUCAUAAACCCAACUUGGGUCACGGCGACCCCGGACGAGAUUGAAGAGACGACAGACGGACAGGUUUUGGAUACAUUUAUGCCACGCCCAGAUAUAGCGUAUCGCCUCAGGCCCCAAGUUGCACGCCAGCACGGCCUGAAGUCCAGGUGGACGCUCGGCAGUGCAGCGAGAGACGUUAAGCGUCCAGAUGGCGCGCCAUCACAUGUCGAUAACCCCACUUCGUGUCACUCUCGACUCGAUUGGUAUAUCUCCAUAGGACUACGGCACCAAGGUUUCGAUUGA